AUGUGUUUGCCUGACAAAGCCGAGAGCAUGCAUCACAACUUUUGCAAACAGAAGGAGCCCGUUUCUGACAGGAAGUUGAGAGAGGCCCAGGUGCGCAUCGAGGAGCUGGAACCCGAGGCUGAGGAGCGGCUGCCCGCGGCGCCCGACGACCACUGGAAAGUCCUGUUUGAUCAGUUUGAUCCUGGGAACACGGGCUUCAUCAGCACAGGCAAGUUCCGAAGCCUCCUGGAGAGCCAUAGCUCCAAGCUGGACCCACACAAAAAAGAGGUGCUCCUGGCUCUCGCUGACAGCCAUGCAGAUGGGCAGAUCUGCUACCAGGAUUUUGUCAACCUGAUGAGCAACAAGCGUUCCAACAGCUUCCGUCAGGCCAUCCUGCAAGGCAACCGCAGGCUGAGCAGCAAGGCCCUGCUGGAGGAGAAGGGGCUCAGCCUGUCGCAGCGGCUGAUUCGUCAUGUGGCCUAUGAAACCCUGCCCCGGGAGAUUGACCGCAAGUGGUACUAUGACAGCUACACCUGCUGUCCCCCACCCUGGUUCAUGAUCAUGGUCACGCUGCUGGAGGUUGCUUUUUUCCUCUACAAUGGGGUAUUGCUGAAUCAAUUUGUGCUGCAGGUGACCCAUCCACACUACCUAAAGAACUCACUGGUUUAUCAUCCCCAGCUCCGGGCUCAGGCUUGGCGCUACCUGACAUACAUCUUUAUGCAUGCAGGGAUAGAACAUCUGGGACUUAAUGUCGUGCUGCAGCUGCUAGUAGGGGUGCCCCUGGAGAUGGUACAUGGAGCCACCCGCAUCGGGCUUGUCUAUGUGGCCGGCGUUGUGGCAGGGUCUCUGGCUGUGUCUGUGGCUGACAUGACUGCCCCUGUUGUGGGCUCUUCUGGAGGGGUGUAUGCGCUCGUCUCUGCCCAUCUGGCCAACAUUGUCAUGAACUGGUCAGGUAUGAAGUGCCAGUUCAAGCUGCUUCAGAUGGCUGUGGCCUUGAUCUGUAUGAGUAUGGAGUUUGGACGGGCUGUGUGGCUCCGCUUCCACCCAUCGGCUUAUCCCCCAUGCCCUCACCCUAGCUUUGUGGCACACUUGGGUGGCGUGGCUGUGGGCAUCACUCUGGGCGUGGUGGUCCUGAGGAACUAUGAGCAAAGGCUGCAAGACCAGUCACUGUGGUGGAUUUUUGUGGCCAUGUACACCAUCUUUGUGCUGUUCGCUGUCUUCUGGAACAUCUUUGCCUACACUCUGCUGGACUUGAAACUGCCACCGCCCCCCUGAGGGGCUGGAGGACUGGGGUGGGUGGGGGAGGCAGCAUCUAGAAGGGAGCACCUGUGUCUGUUUCUUAUCACCAGCUCAGUGAGAUCAGGGAGAAAGCAAGCAUGAAGACUGAGCUGCUAUGGUAUGUGUUUAUACUGGGCAGACACUGGAGACUUUCACCUGAAAGGUGUUGAUGGAGGUGCAAGGUACAGGUGUUGUCAAUAUUUUCCUAGGCUGCUCUGACAUCAGGCCAGUGUGAAUGUUUGGGGUAGGGUGAGAGUAACCAUGCCCAGGGCUGGAUUCCAUGUUCCAAGUGCUUCCACAUACUCCUUUCCCCUCAUCUUCCACAUUCAGAGACCCCUGAAGACACGAGGAAGCCCUGAGAGUCGCUACAGCCAGGCAGCUCUUCCCCAGCCCAGAGAUUUGGCAGGCCAGGCAGUGUUUCCCUCCACAGCCUGGUGUUUGGAGGAGUCUGGGAUCAGAAGGAGGCCUGCCUGGUGGAGGCUAUGUUGGCUUUGACCUUGGAACCAGGGUUUCCUCCUGGGCCUGCAAUUGAGUGCUGGAACAUGAUCUUCAGGGCUUAUGCUGAACAUAGUAGAAGGAUACUGAAGGCCAGUAUGGCCUAUGAAAGGGCCCAGUUUGGUGGGAGUAAACUUCAUCAAGUUGCCUCUGAGGAAAGCCUGGAGCCAAUUUUUAAACUUCUCCCUCUUUGCCAUCCAAAGUGCUGGUAUCUCACACUAGUACCCACAUCUGUGCCCUGUGUAGACUUCAGGGUCUUUCUUUCCUUUCUGCUGCUGACUCUACUUGGUGCCUCUCCUUUGGGCAUGGAGAGAGAGAGAGAGAGAGAGAGUACACCUAUGUGUGUGUACACCUAUGUGUGCCUGUGUAGUGGCAAAGACAAUAUGAGGCAAGUUGGAGCUUACACAGGAAGAGCAUGGGGAGACAGUGGGGGGCAUCCAGAGCAUCCAUAUAGAAGGAGAGAAGAUACUGGGAAGGUUGAGCCAUGGUGUGGGGUGUAUCCCCAAUGUCUUGGAUUUUGUUUUAGCACAGCUUGCCCUUGUUUCCCAUCUCCUGUCCCUUCCAGACACUGCCCUGAACAUGAUGGGUAUAAGAAAACUGUUCUUGAUGAAGGGAGAUGUUGGACUCUACCAAGGGCUCUUAGGCUGCCAGGAGGAAACCUCUCAGCUGCUUUCCACUCCUGUUUCCCUCUGGGAUGGUCCUAUAUCCAAAAAUGCCUCCCAUCGAGGGGACUUUUUUGGGGGGUGAUGCCCAAGGGGCUGGGACAGGACUACCAAGGCCAUAUUCUAAAUGAGGCUGCUGUAAAAGAAAUUAACGGAUGUAGAUAACUGCUCUGGAGAAUUGGUGGGCGUUAGGUAAUUGUCCACGGUGAGAGCAGCCCAUAGACUUGGGUGCUUAGUGUUAAGUCCACCCUUGCCUUCAUGUCACAGGCAGGAAAUUUAGGGAAUGACCUUGUCCAUAUCCCCGCGACCCCAGGUGUUAGGGUAGGAGUCUGGAGGGAAAGCCCUGACUUCCAGCAGGAUCCCCAGCAGCCUCUUCCCACCUAGGAAGAGAAGGGAUGCUCCAACUAGCAGUAGCUGAUGCUGCUGCAAGCCCAGAGUGAAUAUGUCAAUGACAAAAUAUUCCCUUACAACUUCCUUGGUGGCUCUCAGCCUCUGAUAAAACUGCUGGUCAGGGAGGUGAGGGACAGAGUUCAUGCAGAAGCAAGUGCAGGAAUGUGGGAACUGCCUUCCACCAGCACUACUCCCAGCAGAGCCCUUUGUGUGAUGAGAUCUGGAGUCUGCCAGGCCAGGCAUUGGGAACUAUGGCCACUGUAGUCUUCUGGCCUGGAGAUGACAUGGAUAUGGAAAGGAUCUUUCUACCCAGGAACAUGCCCACUCGCCACAUUGUCUACCAACCCCUCCCUGAUCUUUGCCCACAACUUGGUUGCCCUGCCCCCAAUGUAAAGGUCCUGCUACACUGGAGCCCACUACCACACUGAGGCCCCUUUGGCUGAGCUGCAUCAGGCUGGAGACUUCUGUGCCUGGCUUGCUGUUCUCUGUCUGGAAGAGACAAGGAAUGUAUAUGGAGGAGUCAGAUUCUUGGGAGAAGAGACUGAGGCUCUGCAGUUAGAGCCAAGAUUUCCGUGAAGUUCAAGGGGGCCAGGACUUUCUCCUUUAGGCUGCAGCCUUGGCUAAGCCAGAGAGUGCUGUUACUUUCUAGGGUGGAGGGAAGCCGCUAGUGCCCUGCAGGGAAUUUCCCUCUAGACUUCUAUUUUGGCAGCAGGGG